AUAGAGGAAAGAGGAGCUCCUUGCAUGAGAUCAUUCACCUUCUUGUUCAGAUUCUCUGGUGCAACCGUCGAGAUCACAUCUUCCACCUGUAUUUUUUGCUCAAUGACAGUGUGUACCUCAGUGGGUCACAGGUUGGAAGUGACAAGCUACAAGACAGACCGUGCCAUGGAUCAUGUGCUGGACAUUGCUGACAGUUAUAUCUUCACUCCGUACGUUUAUCCGGCCUCAUGGCCUGAGCACGGGGCUCUGCGUCAGAUCCUCAGCCUGUGGCUGCUGACCAACCUGGGAGCAGUGCUGAUCUACCUGGGCUUGGGAGCUCUUAGCUUCUGCUAUGUGUUUGACCAUAAGCUCAUGAAGCAUCCACAGUUCAUCAAGAACCAGGUAAGGAAAGAGAUCAAACUCUCAACGACCUCCAUCUUCUGGAUGAGCUUUCCCACCGUGGCCCUUUUCUUCCUCGAGAUCCACGGACACAGCAAACUUUAUGACAACAUCAGUGAAUCUUCUCUGGGCUGGUCUGGGUUGUUUCUGAGCAUUGCUGGUUUCUUGUUCUUUACCGACAUGUGUAUCUACUGGAUUCACCGCUCCAUGCACCAUAGGGACAUCUACAAGCACCUCCACAAGCAGCACCAUACAUUCAAGAUCCCUACACCAUUUGCCAGCCAUGCCUUCCACCCGGUGGACGGCUUCCUGCAGAGCUUACCCUAUCACGUCUACGCCUUCAUCUUCCCCCUGCACAAGGGGGUCUACCUCUCCCUCUUUGUCUUUGUCAACAUCUGGACCAUUUCCAUACACGAUGGAGACUACCGCAUCCCCGGCCCCCUGAUAUGUCUGAUCAACGGUGCCGCUCACCACGUAGACCAUCACCUCUUCUUCAACUACAACUAUGGGCAAUACUUCACGCUCUGGGAUCGCCUGGGGGGCUCCUACCGGCACCCGUCAGCCCUGUUGGGGAAGGGGCCGCACGACCACGUCCGCAAGCUCAUGGCAGAGGCUGCACUCGCUCAGUGAUGACGGAGCUACAGUGGGAUUCAACGUCCACACCGAGGCUCCAACAGAGAUUCCUCAGCCUGCGUCGUGAUGUAAGACGCGGCGCUAGCAAAUACAGAACCAGCCACCAGCAACCAGCAACUCUAAUCAGAGAUUUGCCAAAUAGUUUUGGAGGCAAUUAUAUUUUCCUCAAAUACAUUUUGCAUCGAAUGGAUAAAUGAACUGACUAGACUGGAAAAUAAGACUGUAGCACAGUGCCAAACUAACAUUUACGUAAACGCUUUCCCUGAUGAGAUUAUAUGACUUUGUAUGGGUCUGAAAUAACAUUGAGAAAAUAGUUUAACUUUUCAAAGACUCUCGAGAAUGCCAACGAGAAACGGCCAACUUGAUGCUCUGAUAGAGGAAAACCACUUUAUAAAAUGAAGCCAAUGUUUUUAUGAUGGAAAGCUGACGGACGUAUUGUUAAUAAAUAUUUGUGUUCAUUUUUUACACAGAGCACAGACAGCCUGUGCAAAUGCCUGAACGUUGACCCCCUCCCACCUUUCUGAAUUUAGCACAGAAUCAGAAAAAACUGAAGGAUAUCAAAUGUAACUCUUUUCUAUUCAUGUCAUUAUAAAGUUGUUAUUUUACAUUGAUGAUUUACAUUGAGGAGUACAAUAUAAACCCAAUAGCCAAGAAAAGUACAUUUUCAUUUCAGCUUACUUGGGACAUCAUUCAAAUGACACAAUACAAUGCAUAAAGCAGUCACAUGUG